UUUAAUAUUGUUAUUGCCAAGGCAAAGUAUUUUCGUAAAUUUGUAUUUAUUAUACAAAAAAAUUUAAUAAUUUAAUUAACAAGACAAAAUUUCAAACCUCUCAAUUUCAUUUGCUGUGCAUUUCAACUGUCAAAAUAUUACUUUCCAUUUGACAAAACACAAUGUAAAAUUUGUUACACCAUAGAAAAUUGGUUCACCCCAACUCAAAACUGGGAAAAAAGUUAUCGUUUGGCACAUACCCUAACAGAAAAAUAUUUGCAGUUAAAAAUUUCAGGGAUUUCAAGUGUUUGGUGUUUUGAAUUGAAAAGUCGAUAAUUAAUCCUAUUGGAUUCGAUAAUUUAUUCUCAUAUCUUAUAACAUGGUUUAGACAGUUUUUUGAUUUUGUAGUAACUGCUUAAAAGGAUAAAGCUACCCUCAAAAUGAGCACUCAGCGUGGUAAUGCAACAAGGACACGAUCUCAGAAGCAUAAAAAUCGAAUAGUUUUCAAAAACGACCUACACGAUAAAACAAAUCUCCAAAAGAAAAUAAAUUCUUUACACGUCUCCGAGGUUUGUCAACAUUGCAAGGAUGUCAUAGAAUGGAAAAUUAAGUAUAAAAAGUAUAAACCUCUUACUCAACCGAAAAAGUGUAGUCGUUGUGAGCAGAAGAAUAUUACCAAGGCGUACCAUGUGCUUUGUCGACACUGUGCUCUAGAUGCACAUGUAUGCGCUAAAUGUCUGAAGAGUGAAGAGCAAGUUGUUAUAGAACCGCCACAACCAACAACGGAAGAAGAAGUCAAAUUGAAAGUGGAAAUGGAUCGACUUAUAAAAUCUCUACCUGAACGAAAACGAAGAGCUUUCAUUCGGUACAUGGAUAAGGGUAAAAAACAAGAAGAUAUGGAGAAGGUUGUUUCUGGUGAAGGAAUUGAAAGUGACACACAGUUUACGAAAGAAUUGGAUGAUACAAUACAUUUACCACAUACUAGAGAAGAACUACUUCAAAAAAUUGAGUUUCUCAAGUUGAAUAAUGAAGACGAGUAUAUAAUUUCCAAUGCGGAUGCUGAUACCGAUGAUGAAAGUCCUAUAUAGUUAAAAUUUGUAUUGCUCUAUUGGAUCCUGAAUUAAAAAUUUCACAUAUUUACACAGAGCCUCGGUCGAUUUUAAAUACAAUUCCAGGAUUUCUGGGAUAAAAUAGGUAUGAGAGCAUAGAAGAUGUUCCCCGGAUAAAGAUAUUUGCAUUUAAAGCUGAAAAUAUCAACUAUUUAAUUUAAUUUUACAUAUAUAUUUUUAAUUUGUAUAUCCACUAACACUUUACUUAUUCGUUUGUACACACAAGUAUUUCACAUUCCAUAAGGUAACACUGACUAUUUGUCAGUGUGCAACCGUUUUGUUAUUGUGUGAAUAAAUAGAAUUGAACAAAAAGUUAAAUAUUUAAUUACAACUAUUUUUGCACUAUAUAUAUGAAAUAAAUGUGUACAAACGAAUUAGUGAAUUGAUAGUGGAUAUAAAAAGGAAAAAUAUAAAUUUAAAAUUCAUUUUAAAUCUAAAAUAUACGCACAAUAAAUAGUUUUCAACUUUAAACGCAAAUAUAUCGAUCUGAAGAACAUCAUUUAUCCGCUCAAACCUAUGUUCUGUCCGAAAUCCUAGGAUGAUUUUCUACAGUUUUCCCCGGAGCCUAAAUAUGUAUAUUGAAAAAAUAUUUAUUAUUAUUGUGCAUUACGCUAUAAGAUAAUUAAUAAUAAAUAUUAUAAAUUUUUAGUGAGCACCAUUUAAAAGAUAAAUUUUUAAUGAUAGGUAAAUUCUCAUACGCAUACGUGAAAAAUCUUACCUCUGUUGAACUGCAUACAUGUAUUUUUUAGCAGCUAAAAUAAUAUGAAAUAAAAGGAAUAGCGUGGAAACUAA